AUGGCGUGCUGCUGUGAAAUAAUUGGACUAGCCUGCGUCGUGGCUCUUAUAUUGAGUAUUGCGGCAAAGGCGCCUUAUCAGAUGAGAAUGUUUUUUGUGCUGUUUGGAGCGGGUGUCAUUGUCACAGUGUGUAUUCCCUUUAUGAUUCUGCGACCAAAGGACUAUCGCAAUGGACUUGUGCCCUCUUGGUGCUUUGUUCAGCUGUGCAAAUUGAUGGGAAUUUCCAUGGAGGUGCGUGGCGUGGAGAAUGUGAAAAGAGAUCAUGGAAGUGUUGUGCUAAUGAAUCAUCAGAGCGCAUUGGAUUUAUGUGUGCUCGCUCACCUUUGGCCGGUGAUUGGAAGGUCAACUGUUGUGGCCAAAAAAGAAAUUCUUUACAUCCCAUUCUUUGGAUUUGGCGCUUGGCUCUGGGGCACCUUGUACAUUAACCGUUCCCGGAAGACUGAUUCUAUCAAUUCCCUGCAAAAGGAGGCAGUGGCGAUAAAAGAACGCAAUUGCAAGAUUUUAGUCUUCCCGGAGGGUACACGCAACUCCAAGGAUACCCUGUUGCCGUUCAAGAAAGGUUCUUUCCACAUUGCCCUACAAAGCAAGUGCACAAUACAGCCUGUGAUCAUAUCGAAAUAUUCGUUCUUUGACGAGGAGAAGAAAGCCUUCCGACCAGGUCAUGCUGUAAUCAAUAUUCUGCCCGAAAUAUCAACAGAGGAUUAUGAAAAGGAAGAUAUGGAUAAACUGAUCGAUCAUUGCCGUUCAACCAUGCAACAGGAAUAUACCCGACUGAGUAAAUCGACACAAGCCUCAGUCUUAAAAAAGCAGUCGUAAAACUGGAUUAGAAUAAAAUAAACCUCAGGUUACACACAUUUUCGGUAUUUUUAACAGAGUCGAACAAUAUUGUAUGAUAAUAUUAUGAAAUCAAAGCAGAUAUGUAAAUACUAUAUAGCCAAUAUGAACUAAUUUUAUAGUGUUAAGUUAUAUGGAUAACUUUACUGUAUUUUUGAUUAAUUUUAACUGUUAUUGCCUUUUACGCAAGUUAUACAUACUUAUCAUGUGCGGGUUUGACACCAUUAUAAUGCCAAAGCCAAAACAAAUUUAAAAAACCGGAACGAGCAGCAGGUUUUUCCAUUAGAACAUUACCUUCAAACUUUAAGCUGGUAUAGGAAAAACUAAUAAAUCAAAUGAUUGAAGACAAACAUUAA